AUGUGGCUGCUCAGCACGAGAACGGCCGAGCUCGAAUUUUUCGAGGAGGCGGCGGUGGACGGCGGCGUUUGUUACGCGGUUUUGUCCCACAUCUGGGGCGAGAACGAGCCAAGCUGGGAGGACGUGUCGCGGCGUUGGAUGGCGGGCGGUGCGGGCCGGGACCAGGCCGCGUUCGCAAACAUCGACGCGUGCGCGCAGCUGGCGUGGGAUUGCGAGAUCCCAUACCUGUGGAUCGACACGUGUUGCAUCGACGUGCGGUCGAGCCACGACGUCAGCACCGCCGUCACGCAGGUGCGGGCCAUGUUCGCCGGCGCGGUGGCCUGCUUCGUCCACCUGCCCGACGUGGGCGGCAGCAUGUCCGGCGCGCUGGACGCCAAGGUGGCCAGAGAUGUGAUGCGCAGCCGCUGGUUCCGCUGCAGCUGGACGCUGCCAGAGCUCGUUUUCUCGGCCGGGUCGCCCGUCUGGCUGUUCUCGUGGGACUGGCAGUGGCUUGGCUCUUCGGCCGUGUUUGCCGGCGCCAUUGCGCGGCACUAUGGGAUCCCCGAGGAUCUCGUCUGCGGCCGGUACGGCCACGAGCAGUACCACGCCGCCGAGCGCGUGGGGUGGGCCCGGUGCCGGUUUGCGCACCAUGCUGAGGACGAGGCUUACUGCCUCAUGGGGCUGUUUCUUGCCCAGCCCAUGCCCCGCCGAUACGGCGAGGGUCUUUUGCGCGCCUUCCGGGGGCUCCAGGAGCAGUUCCUCGUGCAAAACGGCGGCCGGGAUCUGUCGUUGCUGGCCUGG